AUGAUUAACCGCAAUCUCAAAUUCAUCCAGUCUGUCUACAAGUUUCACGGGACUGAGCUGAGUGAGGCUCUGCGGAUACUGGAGAGCGAUGUGAUCGGCCCUAAAGUAGUGGAACUUGGGUGGACCAUCUCCAAGGAUAAUGACGAGAAUCUCGUCACGUUCAAAACAUCAAUGUUCAGUGGUGCGGGCCUCUCAGGAUACCACAGCGUCGUCUCAGCCGCAAAGGAACCUUUUUCGAAAAGGAUGGCUGGCGACGAGAAUACAAUCCCAAGGUCCCUACGAUGGGAGGUCUUUCGAAUCGUCGCAGCGCACGGCGGCCUCGAAGACAACCACGAUAUGUUUUACCUCGCUUGGCUGGCGGGCGGAACGACUCACGGGGCGACUGGGCUUUGGGAAUGGACCAAGGAGAAUUGGGAGAGGGUGGAGAAAGAGGUUCCGGUUGACAUCGCGUCUUUGUUCCUUGGGACUGCUCUCGAGGGUCUGCAUACCCAGGAGCAAAUUGAGGACGUAAAAGGAUUCUGUGCGAUGCGCGAUACGAAGUUAUAUCAGAUGGUGCUUGACCAUAACCUGGAGGGCAUGGAGAAUCGAAGAUCAUGGGCUGAAUGUGAUGUCUCCAAUGUCCGUUCGUGGUUGAAGAGUCACGGGAAUCUGUAA